AUUUGCCAUGUGCGAAUCGGAGUCGAGCAGCGACGACGGCGAGUCAAGCGAUUUCUUCGGUUUAAAAGACUCGGAUUGGGACCUGAAACUGCAGGUGGCGACAGAGAAGGCGUACGAAUUUCUGAAAGCCGACCUAGUUUUGCGUGAAUCUGCAACGCAACUCGCAACCGACAAGGUUGGCCCGGCGAACAGGUCCGAACCCCAACCGGCGAGUCGCAGGGAGCUGCACAACUCGCGACGUUCUAACUUAAAGCGAACCACGGAAAGUACCACGUCGGAAAGUACCAGGUACUUCUCAGAAGGCAAGCACGCAAAGCUAGAAACCAAGCAGGAUGAUUCCUUACCUGCCAAAGCAUCACCACAGGGUGCCCUGGAUACAUCCCUGGUACUCUCCGAGGGAGAGUGGAAGGACCCCGCCGAGUACAGCGCAGGGAUCGUGACGCGCUCUUUUCGGCGCAUCAAAGCGCACGACAAAGCGCUAGUGGCCGCUUCCUGGGCUCCGGAACCUUUCGGCAGGCUUCUGCUGACUGCCUCUCACGACGGUCAUGUCAAGUUGUGGCAAUCGACGACCGGAAAAUGCGUCUACGAUCUUCCCAGCGAGGACGGCAUCAGGAGCGCUCGCUUCACGCUGUGCGGCAGAAAAUUCGUGCGGUGCGGCUGGGACCGGAAGACGGUCGUGGUGGACCCGACUUCGAACGCCGUGUUGUUUUCGUGCACACCUUCUCAGGGUCUUCCAACGUGCGUGCGCCUGGACCCGUCGAGCGAGUCGAAUUUCUUUGCGGGUAGCAGGGACGCCGCUGAGCUGUGGGACACGCGUCAGAGUCCAACGGGAAAGGCCGUGCGGACUUUUCCCGUUCGCUGCGGAGAAGUACUAGACCUGCUACCUAUUCGUGGUGGGCUAGAACUGGCCUGCAGCGGUGACCUCGUCACUAGGGAUUCGUGCGAAGCCGCGCUCUCAGUGUGGGACGUAGGUUCGGGCGCCCGACUGUCGGGACAGUUGUACCAGGAGCGAUACACCAUUCCUUGCCUCGAAAGCUUGUCACCGAACACUAUCUUGGCGCAGACGAACGGAGACUACAUCGCCAUGUUUCACGCCAACCGGCCCUAUAGGCUCAACAAGCGCAAGCGUUUCGAAGGGCAUAAGGUGUCCGGUUAUGCAGUUAGGUGCAGCGCGUCACCGGACGGGGCCCUUAUCUGCAGCGGUGAUGCGGACGGUGUCCCGCACAUCUACUCGGCGCAACACGUGAACACGGUGGGUGUCGUAUCGCUCGCAGGCGAUAACACGCCAGCAACACAUCCCGACUGGCAUCCGAGUCGGCCCGGCUUGUUGUUGAUUGGCUGCGCGGACGGGUACGUCGACUUGUGUCACUAACUAGCUCAUGAUAAAGGAUCCUCGAACUCAUCAUUCGCGUAGCGCUUCGUUGUGAGGACAUUUGUUGCGAGUUGGAGAGGGAAAGAUGUGUCCUCUUGGUCAGGUACUUGCAAUACCGUCGAUUUAAAGGGGUACUGACACGAAAAUUUUCAGUUGUCAUUUUUUUGCGUCAAAUGAAAGGCCAAGCCCUCAAGAGCUUAGAAAAUGUACUGGUAAGUGUGAAUGCACCCUGAAAAAGUAAUUACAGUAUGCUUUUAAAAGCUAGUUUCGGUUCCUACUCUACUCUGAUUUCACGACACAGUAUAAGCUUCACAUCACAUGCUCGCACAAAAUGUCGUGACCUUUCCAGGACCGCUCCAUUGGUGAUGCACAAGCGGCCAUUUUGAAUGUAUUGGUACCCGACGUCAUCAAAACUAGCCAUACUAGUGCUUGAAGUCACCAAAAUUGAUAUUCAUCGCAAGCUUACAUCUUCCUGCCGUUUUUUUUUCAAAACUGAUAUUGUAGCUUCUGGUCACGAUAGUGCUGAUGUCAGUAAGCGUCAUGUGAAAAUUGACUUGAAUAUCAAAAUAAAAUUCCUUAUCAGCAUUUACGGAGCUUCACACUUGCUCACAGCCACCUCUGUAUGCAAGAGAUUUGUAUGGCAAAGUAAACUCAGCUUCAAAAAUUGGUGUCAGUACCCUUCAACGUACAUCAUAACACAAUGUCACCAUGUGUGCAACGGUUGCAGGCAGAG